ACCCGGGAAAUGCUUACAAUACCAUAUUGAAUAAUUUACACUAUAGGAUUGAAGAAAAACAAAGAAGAAGAAGAAGAAGAUGGAAGGAAAAUCAAGCAGUAUUCAAGUAAAUGGAAUGCAAUUCUCAUACGAUUUCCAGAGCCCCAUUUUUUUCGAUUUUAAUCUCAACAUUUCUCCCGGAUCUCGAUGUCUCCUUGUCGGUGCUAAUGGAUCCGGGAAGACGACUCUGUUGAGGAUAUUGGCGGGAAAGCAUAUGGUUGGUGGAAAAGAUGUAGUGAGGGUGCUGAAUUUUUCGGCUUUUCAUGACACCCACCUUGUUUGUAGUGGUGAUCUGGCUUACCUUGGAGAGUCUUGGAGCAAAAAUGUUGGAGCUGUUGGAGAUGUUCCACUUCAGGGAGAUUUUUCAGCUGAACAUAUGAUAUUCGGAGUUGAAGGAGUGGAUCCAGUUCGGAGAGAAAAGUUGAUUGAGUUGCUGGAUAUUGAUCUGCAAUGGCGUAUGCACAAGGUAUCGGAUGGUCAGAGGCGUAGAGUCCAAAUCUGCAUGGGUCUCCUUCACCCCUACAAGGUUCUUUUACUGGAUGAGGUCACAGUUGACUUAGAUGUCGUCGCAAGGAUGGAUUUAUUGGAUUUCUUCAAGGAAGAAUGUGAACUGAGAGGAGCUACAAUUGUCUAUGCAACACAUAUAUUUGAUGGGCUGGAAACAUGGGCGACAGAUCUUGUUUACAUCCAAGAUGGAACUCUGAAGAGGUCUGAGAAGUUACCCGAGCUUCCAGAGUUGAAGUCUUCCCCCAAUUUGCUUUCAGUAGUUGAGAACUGGUUGCGGUCUGAGACCACGAUAGAGAAAAAGAAGCCAGUUGUCACUCCACCAAGGGUUCAAAAAUCCUCGUCUUUUGGCUCUUCUCCAUUUCAGUCAUCUAGACAUAUGGCAUAUUUUCGCUGAUUUACGCGUUCUGUUUCCAUAGUGGAAUUAAACCUUGCAGGAUUGCCAAUAAAAGAGACUAGAGCUGGUUUUUCAGUAUUUGCAGCUUGCGAAAUGCUGUCAUUAUCACAGACUACCCUUUGCUGAAUUCAAAAGUAGGAAUUAUGGCUACUCGGGUUAAAUUUACAUGUUGAAGCCCUGAGGAUGUGCCUUCAGUACAAGUAUUUAUAGUCUUCCAUUCUUCUAUUUAUAUUAGUGUCAAGUAAUUUCUUGUAACAACAAUCACCAAUAUAUUAUUUUGUUCGUAUCUUA